UCCCCUCCCCCGGCCGCGGGCGCCCGGCACGGGCCCGGGACGCGGAGGCGGCGCCCGCCGCAAGGGAGCUGGGAGUCCCCGAGGCGCCCUUUCUCCGCGCGCGCACGCGGGGCCCCAAGCGCAGGGAGAGGCCGGUGCGGCGUCCGGGAGCCCCGGGCCAGGCGGGAGGUUUGGGCUGAGCCCUCCCCGUCUCCCGCACGCCCCCGCCCGGCGCCCGCCUCCCGCCCCCGCCCGCGGCCUGGAGCGCGCCUCCCUCGCGGCUCAGGAUCUGGCGAGCCGCGCGGGCCGAGCUGCGGGAGCCGCGGAGAGCAUCAGCCGCCGCUGCGGGAGCUGUUCUGGCUGCACCAUGCGGGAGCUGGCCAUCGAGAUCGGGGUGCGAGCCCUGCUCUUCGGGGUCUUCGUUUUUACAGAGUUUUUGGAUCCAUUCCAGAGAGUCAUCCAGCCGGAAGAGAUCUGGCUCUAUAAAAAUCCUUUGGUGCAAUCAGACAACAUACCUACCCGUCUCAUGUUUGUAA